UUUAAGACAAAACUUAGGCACCAACCGUUGAUCGUUUGGGAUUCGGCUAAAACGAAAUUUUCCGAUAUAAAUUUAUAUAAAAGUUAUAAAAAUUUAAUUCAAUUUAUGGUAAGCGAUAUUUUUACGAGUCGCUACAAAUUGGAUACUCCGCGAGUGUUUACACGAUUCAAACUCCAUUAUUGCGUACAAACCGACACAUUAGCAAGAUCCUUGACCUCUCACCGAGAAUCAUAAAUCGUAAGUGCCUGAGCCGAAAUCAAUUAACCUAGUUCAAAAGACGAAUUUCACGUAAUUUGGUGUUACAAAGACGAAAAUAAAACAUGAAAUGGUUCAGCGACAUACCGCGGCACUUACCCCGUGCCACAGGACCUUACGUGCCAGGCAUGCUCGACGUUAUGUUUGACUACACAAAAGAGGGCCCAUUCGUCAGAUUCUAUUAUCCUACAAGAGUAGACUCCAGUUUUAAAGACCAAUCGAAAACAUGGAUCCAGUGGCUACCGCAUGACAAUUAUUUAGUGGGAAUAGCCAGGGUGAUAAUGUUGUAUUCUUUUCUACUGCGCAUCGUAUUUUGGUGGUCCGAUGGGAUCAAGAUUCCCGCCCAAUACGGAGCCAAACCACGGACUGAAGAAAAAUUGAAAUGCGUAAUAAUGUCCCAUGGGUUGGGCGCGAACCGGUUUUUCUAUUCGAACAUAUGCUGCGAGCUGGCAUCGAGGGGAUUUUUGGUGGUUGCGUUGGAACAUAAGGACCAGUCGGCGUGUUACACAUACUAUUUUCAAAACGCGUCGGAUGCAGAGAACGACCGGAAGAUUAAUCUCGAAUUUAGGUACAUCAAAUUCGGACGAGACCACUACGAGAAGCGAAACGAGCAGUUGAAAGUGAGGGCGGCAGAGUUUUGCGCGGUGCUCGACUAUUUAAUCGGGCUACAGAGGGGUGAAGCGCCGCGUAAUAUAAUGCGAAACGCGCCUGACGUUGCAAGCGCUGACGUAAUCUUGGAAGAUUUCGCUGGUCAUUUGGAUUUGGAUUCGGUUACGGUUAUGGGUCAUUCGUUCGGCGCUGCAACCGCUCUAUAUGCGUUAUCAAUCAGGAAAGAGUUUAAGCAGGGGAUUUUACUCGAUCCGUGGAUGUUUCCGGUUAAAGGAGAACGCUUGGAAGAGAAGGUGCGACAGCCGUUGUUGUUUGUAAAUACGCAGACGUUUCAUAUAGGGUCGAACGUCGACGCGAUGGCGAAAAUGUUGACGAACGCCGAUUCGGAGAUUUAUACCAUUCGGCACACCACGCAUGAAAGCCAGACGGACUCCGUGCUGCUGAUCGGGUACUGGCUGAAUUGGUUCAUGAAAAAGUUAGACCCACUGCAGGCGUUGCGGAUCAACAACUGUCUUAUUUUGAGGUUUCUGAACAAAACGUUGGGUUAUCCCGGCGACGUACGAGAUUGCGUGGAUUAUUUGAAGGUGGAAGAGAAAGAGAACGUCGAACGAGGACUGACCAAACCGUGGGCGUGAUUCUCCGUCUUUAAAAUACGUCACGCCUAAGCAUACACAUUCUUAAAAUUCUGGAUUUAUUCCGGAUGUAAGAAGAAUAAAAAAUGUCUCUUCGUUUUUUGUUUAAAUAAACAGC